AUGGGAGACUGGGCAGCAUAUGCUGCGGCUCUGCGGGCCCUGGGGGUGCCGUCUGCACCAGCGACUGCAGCACCAAGUGUGGCAGCCAUCCCUGCAGCUCCGGGAUCAGCCGUGAUGCAAACACUCGUUCCUGGUGCGAGUGCUGUGGGACAGCCGAUCGGGGCAUCUCCAGUGGCAGCGGUAUUUGCACAGCCAGCAGCUGCACCUUUAGCCGCCGAUCCCGGCACCUCCGCAGCGGUUGCUGCGGCUCUUGCGCUUCUUCAGCCACAACCUGCGGUUGUAGGCUAUGGUGCUGUGCGGCCGGUCCAUGCAGCGCCCACCUCACCGUAUGCUCGUGCACCGCCUCCUGCAGCGGUUCCGGUCCAGCCAGCCGUGUCCAUCCCAGGUCUGGAUCCUGCAACGCUGGCUGCCAUCAACAUGGCUCUCGGUCUAGGAGGGCAGCCAGCCCCGCCAUCUGCACCAGCAGCCUCAGUGCUACCAGCCCUCAGCAACCUACCCGGCCUGCAGGGGCUGGACCUGGGAAGUCUGGCAGGUCUGGCGAACAUCCCCGGUUUGGGGCCGGCACCUGCCAGUGCGUCGGACGUGCGGCCACCAAGGAAUCCUCCAGGCGUCAUUGGGCGACGGCCGAAAGCCAAGGCAGCCAGCACCGUACACGUUCCCAACCUCAGAGACGAGGAGGUGGCCAACCCGGGAGCUUUGCUGGAGGCAGCCGAUGCACGCGACGAGGGUCGAUGUCGAGCUCUCGUGCAGCAUCCGAGUUUUCGCCACAUAAAUGAGAAGCUCAAGGACGGGCGAACAGCACUGCACGUGGCCAUGCUCCGAAAACUGCCGGAGGACCUGUGCCUGGCCAUCGCCACGCACAAGGACUUCAACGAAACGAAUGCUGUCGACACCUUUGGCUACACGUUGCUGAUUCUGGCGGCCUCGAAGGGGAUGUCCCAGGUAUGCAAUGCUGUGCUCGACAGGGAUGACUUCGUUGGCGUCAACGCCCAGGAUAAGUGGGGUGCUACAGCUUUGCACUGGGCAGCCGACCAGGAUCUGGCCGACGUGUGUGAGAAGAUGCUCUCGCACCCCGAGUUUGUUGAAGGUAACCGCCGAGCUUGGAGCUUUGCCUUUGAAGACAAGACGGCUCUAGAUGUGGCUCUCCACCGAAACUGCAAGGCAGCUGCGGACGUGAUCCGGCGGCAUGUAGGCUUCAAAGGCUGGGGCUUCAUCGACUACAAUGGUCAAGAUGUCUUCGUCCACAUCAGAGACUGCCAGGGGGGUCAGCCAGCACCUGGCGACAUGCUGACUUUCGACUUGGAGGAGGGGCAGCCUGGCAAGUUCAAGGCCAAGAACGUUGUCGGUGGAACAGCGGAGCGAGACCAGGAUUCCAUGAUGGGCAAGGCCACCCCUGUCCAGGGCACCGGGGCCCACACAGGCACUGUGAAGUCCUUCAAUGCUACAAAGGGCUUUGGCUUUAUCUGCAUCGAGGGCGCAGAUGACGUCUUCGUCCACACCAAGAGCUGCGUAGGCACCCUCCCGAAUGCCGGCGAUGUCGUCAAGUUUGACAUGGAGCCCAGCCCCAACAGGUUUCAGGCGGUCAACGUCACAGGCGGAACGGCGCCCAUGUCAGCCAUGAAUCCCAUGGGCAUGAUGGGCAAGGGCGGCUUUGGGCCCAUGAUUGCAGGCAUCAUGGGCGGAUUGAAAGGCGGCAUGAUGGUUGGAGGCAUGGGGCCGUACGGAAAGGGAAAGGGUGGUGGUGGCUACGGCGGCUAUGGUGGAUACGGUUGGCACUUCGGCGAUCUUUAUCCAAGUAGCCUGCCCUACCACCGGCAGCUGUGUAGCUUCGGAGGUGAGAAACUUGCUUUCUUGGUGCUGUUUGUAAAGAUGCACUCAAAGCAUGUUGCAUUUUCACUAAGGUACGGGUCUGAUGCUGGGGCACAGCGGAAUGCCGACAAGAAGAUGCUUAAAGUAGACAUCCUUUCGGCAGCUUGCCGAGCAUGGAGCCGACAUGCAGAUUUAGCAUUUGCGGCUGUUGGGUAUGACCGAGUGGAGACUUUUGCGCUACUUGGCCGUUUCGUCUAUGUGCCCCAGCCAAGAUAUCGCCGCGCGUCCGUGGGUUUUGCAGAGCGAGGCAUCAGUUCGGACCUGAGGACAUCCUGCUUGAGAACGCCCAGCGAGUAUCGAGCCAGUAAGCCGGGUGCAUAUCGGUCACCGAAGGCUACCUUUGCUUUUGUUGUGCACUCUUUGGCUGUCUGUGAUGACAUUGGCUCCGGCCUCAUUCUGCUUGCUCCGUGUGGCCGGAAUUCCAAGAAUUUGCAAGAGCUGAAGGUGGGGACAGCAUGUGGCGACAAUGUGUGGGAGUCUCGCACCUUUGGAUGGACUGGUUGCGUGCUCUGGGCUCUACCAGGAUCUACGAUGUGGUUAUUCGCUGAUUCGCCAUUGAAGGCGCUGGCGGUCUUGGAUCUGGGUGUCGAGAGGCAGCAAUCGCCUUUCUCGUCUGAGUCUUCGAGCCAGUCUUGCUUGGAGAAAGCGGACCUCGAUGUCAUUAGCCAGGUAUCCACCCGGUCCAGCCAAAGUGUCGGGUUGCCUCGCAAGUCCCGCAAGCGGACAAAGGCCAAGGAUUUCCAGCGCAACUCCUCUGCUUCGGCCUCUUCCACAACAGACUGCCCUCCGAAGACCCUCAGAGGUGUCUGCCAUCGUCUGGCCGGAUCUCUCACGUGGUUUGGGCGUCUUUGUUCACCGAGCACGGCAUGCGAGGACACUCUGCGCAAGUCUCCGAGCGAAAUAUCGACUUGCCCUAGUUCUCUAUGCACCCCGCUGGACACUUUCGAGCGUGAGGUUAGCCGGAGGUCCUAUGCCAACCGCUUUAUUCAGUUUAGCUUGGAGUUUGAUCCGGUCAUUGACAUGUCACCCACCAGCCGGGCACUUCUCGGCUCGCCGCGCCGCAUGUCUCGCACGAACCAUGACGGCGAGGCGCACAAGUACCGAUUGUCCAUGCCAUAG